CACAACUUCAUUAUACUGUAUUAUUACCGAUAUUAAGGGACAACAAUGUCUAGACGUCUCCCAAAGGAGGGGUGUCUGAUCAUCUGUAAAAUGGGUUUCUCUGAAACGGGACAAUGUCACCCGAUUGUUAUAGUGUGCCAUACUGUUAUAGGGCGGUUUAACUACUUCAGUACUUUGUGAUCAUUAUGAAUUUGAGGUCACUAACUUUAUCAAAAUGAUCACUUUUGAAAAAAGUGAUAUAAAUUUGAUGAAGGAUUCAAAUAUUUGCUACACACCAGCUCAUUUAAAAACCACGGGAGUUACGAAUAAAAAAGUAAAAAAAAUCCUAAUUGCCAGUGUAGAACUUUCAUUUGAAAAGUUGUCAAAUGUCGAAGAAAUAAAAAGAAUAUUGAGCUGAAAUUUGGCAAGCAAUAGAGUGUUGUAUGUUUAAAAUCAUCUGCAGUUUCAUCUCUUAGGCUAUGAAGAAAAUGGUGUUUGGAGUUAGCAUUUUGUAAUCAUUAGAUAUUUCCAUCAACAAAUUUCACUCUAAAUUUGAAAAAUGCAUGAUUCCACUGUGUCUGGUAGCAUUAUUGUGACAGAUUUUAUAGGACUGAAAAUAAAGUUGAUAGUAAAUUGGUUAAACCACACUCGAUGAUGGAUUUUCUUAUUACUGUAUUACUAGAUGAUAUAUGAUGUACAAGCAUAGUCAAUAAAUGUAAAAUGUGUCUAAUGAUAUUUUUUUUGUUUAUUUUUUUAAUUACAUCGUUUUAUAACGUAUGUUUUAUAAGUCUGUAAUGGCUGCUGCUGUUUAUGGUAAACAAGGGUCAUCACCCAUACGUCCCAACUCAAGUCAGAGCCGCAAACGUAGUCCUUACAGAACCAGGUCACAUUCUUCAGAAGUGGAUGAGACUUUAUUUGGUAGACCUGCUAGAUACCAUGAUCAGAAAGACACUCCUAGAAUCAAUCCUGAAGAUGUAACAUGGGAUCCUCCGUGGAUUACAAGCCCAAAAAAAACAGGUGUUCCCCUUCUUUGGAGUCCAUUUGAUUCAAAAGAUGCAGAAGACAUGAAUUCAACAAGAAAAAGUGUAAAAACUACGACACCUAGGACUCCCAAAUCUGCAAAACAAAAGUACAGAGUGCGGAAAUUGGUUCCUUCAUAUGUUGAUGAAACUUUAUUCGCCACUCCUCGGAAAACAUCAGAUUUACGGGCUCCUUGGGCAACUGAUGAUAUGUCUCCGGAUGCUUCUGCACCUGCCCAGAUUAUCUGCCCACCCUCGGUUGAUGCGGCAAAUCCGCUGACGCCAAUUCAAGUUUCACGAGUAGAAAGCAAGACUGCAGUUGGUGAAAAUACAAUGCAUUACACUCCGGUAAUUAAGGCAAGACCCGGUUCUGCUAUCAACACUCCACAGAGUCGAAUAAAACCAGAUGUUAGGAGGAAGAAAAGUAAUUCUCAAACUGAACCACAAAAACUUGAUUUUUGCUUGGAAAAUGGAUUAAAGAAACAUGCAGAAGAUGAGGAUCCAAAUGAAAUCGUCCAGAGGGCUUUGAAACUUGCUGGAAUAAAUCGUAAUAAUGAAAGCCCAAGAUAUCGGUCAAAUUCCUUAGAUGGUCUGUCAAGUAGAGCUUCAACACCAGGAAGAUAUUUUUGGAGAAGACCUGCUUCAUCAGCUUCAUCUACAGCGGAUAUUUCAACCAACAUGAGAGACAGAACCUCCAGCAGAUCAAUGAACAAGAAACAAUCUAAGACUGAGCUUGAAAUAGAUGAUUUGUUUUCUGCAACAGGGAAGCAUAUGCCACUGUCGGCAAGAAAUUCCCCAAGAAGACCUAACUCAGCAAGAACAGAAAAUUCCCCAGGAAGUGUACCUGGACUCGACCUCUCUCGUCCACCAAGGCUGUAUAAGUCUGAGAAACCUCUGAGGAGUGCCAGAUCAGCUGCAAGCAUGUCUUCUACUUUGUCAAACAGGCCUUCAUGGCGACCUUAAAUAUCAUGGUGACCAAUAUUGCUUGUGUGAGCAUGGAUUUUAUGGGGAAAAUGAAGUCUGUAGUAAUAGGCCUAUUCCUAGGAGCUAUAAAUUUUGGAAAUUACUGUGAUUCUUUGAUUAUAUUCAAUAAUCUGUGUAGCAAAAUUUUUGUGCAUCUGGCAUUAAGUUUAAAAUGAGAACCAUUGGUCUCAUUUUAUUUUUGUACUGUUACAAUUCCAAUUCAACUCCACUGUUUUAAGAGCAAUCAUGUAGAAGAUUUAAUUGGAGAAGCUAUUCUCGGAAGAUUGUAUAAAUUAAGGUGACAUGAGCUCAAGAAAGUGACUCAAAAAAGCAGAGCGAACAUAUGUAAAAUGAAUUUAUAUACUGUUGACUGUUCAUUCUCAGUUUCAUAACUGUUAUGACAGAUGGAGAUAGAUAUGUCUUGAGAACAUUGAGAUCAGAUUGCUGUGACAUUUUUUUUAUUUUUGUAUACUGCAGUUUUUACCAUGUUUAUAAGACACAGAUGUGUCAACCAUAUUUUUUUAGAUAACUAAAUUUAAUGAUACCUUUAUAUAAUAUCUAUUUAAAAGUAGUUUUAGAUGACAUUCAUAUAAUAUCAUUUUAUAGGAGAUUUUCAUACUGGUUUUAAAGUUUUUAUAAUCUAUUGCAGCGGUUCCCAACUGGGGGCACGUGGCCACCAAUGGCACCACAGAGCAGUUGGGGGGCCAACAUGCUAAACGCAAAACAGAUUUUACCUUUCCUUUUACAAGAAAACUUCGUUCUUCCUAGUUUCUUUACUUGAUUAGGUUAUUGUGUCUUCCCCUUGUCGAGCAUGUAGUGUUUGAACAUAAUGGGAUUUAGAAUCUAAAAGCCUUCGAAGAGAGGGGGGGGGUCUAUUAUAUAGUUGUACUACCUGGGCCAGUCUAAGGUUAUUGACAAUGAGUGUUUGUAUUUCUCAUAUGACAUUUUCCACUGUGCAAAAUUUUGAAUAUUCCCCGUUUUGUCAUUUUAAAAUUUUGGGUAUAACUUAAUAUUUAAUUUUGAGGUGUUUUUUAUUUUAUCUGAAAUAGAUUUUAUAUUUUCAAAUUUGUAUUUCAUUAUCAUACUUUGGAUGAGCGUAUUAACUCGUCAAAACAUGAAGUGCAGCGUCCUUUGGUGGAAUAUCUGAUAUAUUCAGUUCAAAAGGGAAUUUCACAGUAAGCAAUAUAUUUUAGGAGGAAGGUUAGGGAAGUCUGUAUUUUUGUCUUUUCUGCAAUUAGAGGUUUAUCUGAACUCUGUUUCACAUGAAUAUGUCACCCAA